AUGCUAACCCUUCUCGUGGCCUUGCCUGAAUGCUCUGACGGCUCCAACAACUGCAGUACCAACGCAGACUGUGUGGAGGAGUACCUAUACUUCAGCUGUGUUUGCUCCGACGGUUUUGCCUUCAACGGAACCGACUGUGAAGCGGUAGAGUCAAACUACAUCUCCUUCAAGAUCCUGAACCUGGAUCCCACAAAGGACUACGAGAACAAGACAUCACUGGACUACUUGGAGCUAACUGCCGUACUGGAGGAGCUUGUUAGAAACAUCACGGGGGACAUUCUGGCUGUAGACUUGAUUGACGUCAGGUUACCAGAUACAGGGGUGAUAUUCCAGCUCAACACCACCAGAUCUGAUACUGACAGUGUGGAAGGCGCCAUUUUUGACGAAGCUGCAGACGACAGACUUGGGAAGUUUGUUCUUGAAGGGAACGCCACAACGUUCGGUCCAGUUUCUCUACUUGUGGCCUUACCAGAGUGCUCUGAUGGCACAAACAACUGCAGUACCAACGCAGACUGCGUGGAAGAGUACUUGUACUUCAGCUGUGUGUGUUCAGACGGUUUCGUGUUCAACGGCACAGACUGUGAAGCUGUGGAGUCAAACUACAUCUCGUUCAGAGUGUUGGAUCUGGAUCCAACCAAAGACUAUGAAAACAAGACUUCUCCCGACUACCUGGAUCUGCAAGACAUACUGGAAGAGUUGGUAGCCAACAUAACAGGGGAAAUACUGUCAGUGGAGCUAUUCGAUGUCAGGUAA